AUGCCUUCUGUAAUGACGAAAAAGCCUGCAUCAAAGGAAGGUUUACUACUGAUAAGUGAAUCUAGACAUCUUGGAGUGGGUGAUAUCUCUAGAUAUAGAAUAACAAUUGACAAAUCCGUAUUAUCUGAGCAAGGUGUUGAUGUAGAAGAACUUUUCAUCAAAAUCAAGAAUAAUGAAAAUGCGCUAUUGAAUCCAGUAUAUUUAACUGGCCCAUAUUCUUUCUAUUGUGAUAUUAGGCCUAAUAAUUUUAAUGAAGACGAGCCAUUUGAAGGUAAAGAAAUUAUUCCGUUUGUGGAGAAUCUAAAACCAAAUGAAAAAUUCAAGUCAACACUUUUAUUCAAUGAGCAUUCGAAUAUUAAAGGUACGACUCUUUAUUCUUGGACUGUGGAUAUUAUAUCACAGCUAGCUGUAUUGACGUUCCCAAAAUUACAAUAUAGCAUUAAAGUCGGUACUUCGAGAAGAUCUACUCGAAUGAGAAGUAGAGGAAGGAAAAUUGAUGCUCUAGAAGGCAUCAAAGUAGAAGAAUGGGAUACCAUCUCUCUGUGGAGUUUACCACCUAAGUAUCCUACUAAACCAGUUCAUUUGAUAAUUAUUACACAUGGUAUUUUUUCAAAUGUUGGAUGUGAUAUGUUAUACGUUAAGGAUAAAAUUGAAGAAAUGACAUUUGGAAUGGAUGAAUCGAUAAAUCCAAAUAUUGUUGUUAGAGGUUGUAUGGAUAACAUGGGAAAAUCUGCAAGAGGUGUACACUAUAUUGGUAGAAGAGUAGGUAAAUAUGUUGUUAAAGUAAUAGAUGAAUUGAAUGAAAAUUAUAAAGUUGAUAAGAUAUCUUUUAUUGGCCAUUCGUUAGGCGGUCCAACCCAGUCUAUGGCUGUGCAUUACGUUAACAUGAAAAGACCUGAUCUUUUUGAUCCUGUAACAGGUGUAAAACCGAUAAAUUUUAUUACUUUGGCUAGUCCCUUCGUUGGUGUCAUUGGUGAUUAUCCUUUAUAUAUUUCAUUACCGUUAGAUAUGGGUUCUCUUGGUUUGACAGGUAGGGAUUUGAAUUUGAGAUAUACUCCAUUACAAUCCAAGGAUGGACUUUACAUUGACGAUCCAAAAUACCAAAAUCAAGAAAAUCCCAAAUUAAUAAUGGAAAUUUUACCUCAACCUCCUGUACGUCGUAUCUUCGAACAAUUCAUACACAGAACAGUAUAUGCAAAUGUAGUCCAUGAUGGUAUUGUCCCAUUGAGAACUGCCGCUUUAUUAUAUCUUGAUUGGAAUAGUUUAAACAGCGUUCAGAAGAUACAAAGAAAGAGUAUUGCACAAGCAACUGCAACUGACAACAUUGGGACUGAACUGGAUUCUGCUGAAGGUAGCAUAUCAAGUGUUCCCCCAAGUAAAGGAAGGGCUGUCCGUGAGAUUCCCAAAGAUGGUUUAGAUAAAAAGGCCGCGGUGCAAUGGGCAAUGCCUCAAGCAUUGAUACACACGAGAAAGAAUAGGAAGUUUGAGCGAGCUCAAAUAACAGACACUUCUUCAGAUUCUGAAAGUGACAAUACUCCACCUGUGGGAUAUCAAAAUAAGCCUGAUGAAAAGUUUGUUGCUCCAAAGGAAGCGUCAACUAUGCUUUCAGCAUUAUCAGUAUUGACAGCGCCGGUCCCCACACAGGAGUAUAUCAAAAAUCCUUCAUUGAGAACAGAUGAAAUUGUUCACGACCGAGUUUACCAUUCAGAUGAACUUCCAGAACCACACUAUAACGAUAGGUCCGCGAUGAGUAGAGUUCUCUAUCCUAAUGAAAAUGUGAAUAGAAUACAAGAACGUAUAGCAAGAACAUGGCAAGAGACUAUGGACUGGAGAAAAGUGUUAGUUAAAAUUCAACCAGAUUCGCAUAAUAAUAUUAUUGUUAGAAGAAGAUUUGUCAACUUGUAUGGUAAUGUUGCAAUUAACCAUCUGGUAAAUGAGCAUUUUGGUAUUGAAGCCUGUGAAAAAUAUGCAAAAUUGUAA